GCCGUCCAUCGGAUGACCAGUUGACCACUGUUCGCUGUCGUGUUAACAAUAAUAAUAUUUCAAAAAUGGCAUCACGGACCGUUCUUUUGGCCUGUGUCGUUGCAGCGACCGUUUUUGCUACCUGCAGUGUCUCUGCUGCUCCGAAGGAGGCUGUUCCGCAAAAGGCUGCUGUUCCGCAAAAGGCUGCUGCUCCGCAGAAGGCUGCUGAGUCAACAGGUGUUUACACCACCAAGUAUGACAACAUCGACGUAGAACAAGUGUUGGCGUCCAAAAGGUUGGUAAACAACUACGUUCAAUGUCUUUUGGACCAGAAGCCGUGCUCUCCCGAAGGAGCAGAACUCAGGAAAAUUCUGCCUGACGCUUUAAAGACUCUGUGCGCAAAAUGCAGCGAAAAGCACAAGAGCGUUGCUGUCAAAGUAGUGGGACGAUUGGAAAAGGAUUACCCGAAGGAGUGGAAACAACUUCGUGACAAGUGGGAUCCAAAAGGCGAUUACUACAAGAAAUUCUUAGAUUUUCUGGAAGAAGAAAAAAAUAAGCCCGCUAAAGCUUAAAAAAACCAAUUGUUAACCAUUUUUUUUUAGAUUAUAAUUAUUAUUUUAAAGCUCAACGGCUUUUCAGUUAUCGUUUAUAUUACCAAAAAUUGAAACAUUUAAAAAUUACCACAAAUAAAUAUUUCAAUUAAUUGUUAUUUAGAAUGUAACCUGUAUGUGCGAAGAAAAUAAAAGAGUAUAGUAACGUA